AUGGAUGUAUAUGUCCAGAUCACGGGUCUGGACUCGGGGAAAACACGCAGAGUCAAGGCACUGCUUGAUAGCGGCUGCAGUACCUGCUGCAUUGAUACCGACUACGCACGGGCAGAGAAGCUGGAUAUCCAAGAGCUUCCACAACCCAUUAUGGCUCGUAACGCCGACAACACUGAGAACAUCAGCGGUCGGAUCACGCAUUACACCGACCUAAGGAUGAGAAUCGGUCCUCAUGAGGAGACACGCACGUUCCUUCUGACGUGUCUAGGGAAGGCCCAGAUCUUCAUUGGUCUUGAUUGGCUGACGGAACACAACCCGGAGGUGGAUUGGCAAGAACAGACGAUGAGAUUCAGCCGAUGCCCAGAGCGGUGUCACAUGGAGGUCACGAGGAGUACCAAGCAAUGA